AUGAAAGCCGCCGCCGUCGCCCCCCUUCUCCGCGGCUCAGCGUUAGCCGCCAAAGAUAUUGUUCCCGGACGCUGGACAACCUGUUCCAACAUUCCAGCCAAGCAGUCUGAACACAGCCAACUUUGCGCCCCGGGCGGCAAAGCUGCGAUCACUUGUCACAAGUCGCGAUGGGAUGGGGGAUACUUCAUCGGUUUUGAUUUGUCGGAAACAGUGGUAGACAAUGACUACAUUGCCACCCUGACCGAUCCGGUUACCAAGGUUUAG